UGAAACUGUUUCAGUGUUGCCCUAGACACGUGGUGUUUCCUAACCCAGCCACCGUACUGCCGUUAUCAUUAUCGUUUCCAUCUCCGAGAAAGAGAGAGACAGAGAGCGGGACCAGGGAGUGAGCAAGAAAAGCCAGGAAACAAGGUAGAGGAGGGUGAUGGACGAUGCUGAUCGCUGGAACGUGAAAAAUAUCGGUUGUCAGCGGCAAGAUAAGACGAUAUUCAACCGGAUGAUGCUCAGAUUCCGUCCGAUUGCACCGAAACCGGCCACCAGCGGCUCCAACUCUCUGCCGGAGAACAAAAACAACACUUUUGUUGCGAAAGCAAGGAAGAAGAGAAAGUACGUCAGACUUCGCACGGAUAAUAAUGGAUACAAGAAAAAGAAGAUGGUUCCUGUGGAAGAGAGCAAAGACGGGUUGGACAAGAAGAUUCUGACACUGCAACUGUUGCCUGAGAAAGAUCUAGACACCGGAGGCACCGGGUCUAAGGUGACACUGCAACUGUUGCCUGAGGGAGCUGAAAAGAAAGAUCUAGACACCGGAGACACCGGGUCUAAGGUUGAUCCUACCGCUGGGAAACUUGCAGCCGACGAUAAUGAGGAUGGGGACCCCCGAAUGGGGCUGAAGGACAAAAAAUGGGUGUUUGCUAGCGUGAAUCCCGAUGCCGAGUCAGAUCGGACAGUGGUUACGGCGGCGAUGAGGGUGGUGGAGUCCUGGGUGACAGUAGCUAGCGUGACAGACACGUGCAUGGAUGUACGAUGGUUAGGGUGUACGGACGGAGAAAUAAUUAAGAAUCUCGAAAGGGACACGUGUCCGGGGUUUAUAUCAGACGGCUUCGACAGGGUACAGUGGGUAAAUGAGGCGUAUAAGAGGAUGGUGAGUGAGGACGGUGACGGGCAGUUACCGGAGUGUACAGUGAGGUUGGUGGCGAAGGAGAAGUUUGAGUUUCCCUAUUUACACCCGGGGUUUACGGGUCAAGUGAGGCUACAGCAUACGUGGCGGAACCAGAAAUGUUCAAAGGUGAUGCCCUGUGAUGUGUGGAGGAUGGAGUUCGGAGGGUUUGCAUGGAGGUUGGACGUCAAGGCAGCGCUAAGUCUGGGGCUUUAGGAUGCGAAGCAAAUAUCAAACAUCAAAGCGAUCAGCUCUCAGUAACAAGGUUUUCUUUUAAUUACGCGGGGACUUCUAAAGUUGAAGAGAAGGGUGGGUACGUACUUGACGUGUGAGAGACUAGUAUUGUAGAAAGUGUACAUUUUGUAAUUAGAAUCAGAUCAAGACUAUGGUUUUCUAUUGCAAGCACUGUGAUUAAGACGGACGGACGGACGGGCCGGGGGACAAAGGUGAAGCCGGAGUACUCGUGCAUGGGUGGGUGAAAACCUAAAUAAAUUUUACUCGCCGAUGCAAGUGAUCAUCGUCAGAUGAUGCUUAAGUUUGUCUGAGAUUGCAUAUCAUGUCGUCUACCAUGCAAGAGGGAAGGAGCAACAUGAUAGGAGAGUGGACAUUAAUAUACUUUGGUGACAAGAAUGUUGACAAUAUAUAUGCAGCUAGCUAGCUACAUGUUUGGCAUCAACUUAUCUAAAGAACAUUUAAUUUAUGAAGGAAAUUUUCUUACUUCAA